CGCCGAGCGCGCCGCCACCAUUGGCCACCAGUGCCCGUCACGUGACGGCGCCUCAGCGGCCGCGGAGCCACCGAGCGGGACCGAGAGGAGUGAGGGGCUGGGACGGGACCCCCGGGACGGAACGGACCCCCAGAGUGGAGCUGGAGAUGAUCUCCCACAUGGAUCGUAAGGAGGAACUGUGGUUCUCCCACCUCUGCACCUUCCAAGUGAAGACCAAGAUGGUUCUGAGCGACACCUGUGCAGCUGAAGAUGGGAUUGUGAGCAAGAAAGAGGAGAAUGCCCACCAAGGCAUCCCUGGGCCAGCAGAGCCCGAGGCUUUACUCUCAGGACUCUCCAAGGAGAACAAUUCCCAGAAUCCAGCACAGGACCCAGUCGUCCCACACAGGUCAGAAAGAGUUCAGAGACCUCUGGGGAAGAGGCAAAGCCGAGUGAUGCUGCGUGGGAAGAGUCUCAGGAGGCCGACAGACAUUACCCAGCAGAGAAAUCCAUCUGUGGGGAGACUGAUGGUGUGUGGGGACUGCGGGAAGGGCUUCCGGGUGAGCUCCAACCUCGUCCAGCACCGGAGGAUCCACACCGGAGAGAAACCCUUCGGCUGUGCCGAGUGUGGGGGCAGCUUCCGGCAACGCUCUCAUCUCAUCCAGCACCAGAGAACCCACACGGGGGAGAGGCCCUACGAGUGCUCCGACUGCGGGAAGACCUUCAGCGUGAGCUCCAAGCUGCUCCGGCACCAGGUGACCCACACCGGGGAGAAGCCCUACAGGUGUUCCGAGUGCGGGAAGAGCUUCUCCGGGAAUGCCCAGCUCGUGCAGCACCGGCGGGUGCACACGGGGGAGAGGCCCUACGAGUGCGGCAGCUGCGGGAGGAGCUUCAGCGUGAGCUCGGCACUGGCGCGGCACCGGCGCGUCCACACCGGCGAGAAGCCCUACGGCUGCUCCGAGUGCGGGAAGAACUUCAGCCAGAGCUCCCACCUCACCCAGCACCGCCGCACACACACCGGGGAGCGCCCCUUCGCCUGCGCCGACUGCGGCAGGGGCUUCGCCGUCAGCUCCGCGCUGCUGCGGCACCGCCGCACCCACGGGGCCGGGCAGCCCCAGGGCGGCGUGGGCAGCGGGGCUGAUCGCAGCGAGCCUGGCGUCUGUGCUUCACUGACAGCCCUGCUCCUGGAGGGGGAAGGCAGUUUAUUUUAGGAGAACAAGCCCUAAAGGAGAGAGAGAAGAAAGGGAGGCAGUGCGAGCAGCUGGAGGUUUGAGGAGGAGCGUGGGCUCAGCAGGGGAGGCGCUGGUGGUCGGAGGGGAAGCUCUUGGGAGAGAGGAAGUGGUUUGAAAAGGCUGGAAUGUACCUGGUCUAUUUCAGAGGGAGGUAAAUGACUCCUCAUGCGUUAUGGACUAUUAAUAGUGAACCAAACGGACCAUCUCAAACGCUCUUGAUUCCUGUGUUCAGAGACACCGGGCUCCCCCCUCAGCCCACGGGUUGGGCUGUAGCACAGAGAAGCCCCAGGCCUGGUGUCCUCAGCCGCCUUGCGAGGGCUGUCCGAGUGUGCCGCCGGCCCCGCAGGGGCCGUGGGGCGGGAGCCGCGCUAGGUGUCGUUGCUGCCACAGCCAAUAAAGCCGCGGGUACCGAA